CAAAUAUCCUCAUCUUCUUUGUGGUUAAUAUCUCAAUCGAAACAAUUUCUUUAAAUUCCAUAUUAUAUUUGAGAUGCAGAAUCCACAUAGUGUAUAGUUAUGCAACUAUACUGUAGUUUAUUACAAGCACCUGCGGGUUCCCAUAAGAAACUAUUUAAGGAUGUUUUGGUCAUUCAACGCAUGAAUUCCCCUGAACCUUCCCCGCCCAACUACUCUUCAUUCCCUCCCUCCCCUGUAAAAGCAUACAGUUUUUUUAUCCGUUGAAAAAGAGUAGAGACAGAGAGAGAAAGAAAGAAAUGAACAUGUUCUCUUCUUCUCCUUCGUCAAGCUCUAAAUUCACUCUCUUUUCCCCUUCUCAGAAUCUCAACUCCUCAAGGUUCCAUUUCAUUAUAAACUUGAAAACUCCUCAUUCUUCCUCUAAACAUCGUAUUUUACCUCCCAUACAUUCUCAUCAUGAAUCAUCAUCACCUGCUCUUCAAGAAAAGCCUCAGAAUUCUGGAUCACAAGGGGAAGACAAUGAGAUGGAAGAUGGAGAUGGUUUUGAUGAAGAGAUCAUAAAAGCCAAGAAGUCUUUGGAGGAGUUGUUAGUCGUGCGUAGGCCAGUUAUGGAGUUUUAUGAUGAAGAAGCUGCAGGAGUGACAGCAUCCGCAGAAGCUCGAAUUGGAAGUGGAAGUUCUGGUAAGCUGAAAGAGCUUACGCCAUCCUCCGGUAUCGAUGAAGGGCUCUCGAGAUUUGCUAAGAAGAUGCCCAUAUUUGAGCCCCUGAGAGUUGAGUCCAGUUCUGAGGAGAAGCCCCUUUCGGUCAAUUUGGAUUUGGCUUUGUACAGAGCAAGGAUUUUGGCGCGGAACUAUCGGUAUGAAGAAGCAGAGGAGAUACUUAGGAAGUGUAUAAGCUAUUGGCCAGAAGAUGGGAGGCCCUAUGUGGCCUUAGGCAAGACCUUGAGUAAACAGUCAAAAAUGAAUGAAGCCAGAGCUGUUUAUGAAAAGGGAUGUCAGGCUACACAAGGGGAGAAUUCAUACAUAUGGCAGUGUUGGGCUGUUCUGGAAACUAAGGUGGGGAAUACAAGGAGAGCUAGAGAAUUAUUUGAUGCUGCCACAGUUGCUGACAAGCGGCACAUUGCAGCCUGGCAUGGAUGGGCAGUCUUGGAGAUGAAACAGGGGAAUAUUAAGAAAGCUAGGAAUCUUCUUGGUAAGGGUCUAAAAUUUUGUGGUGGGAAUGAGUAUAUAUACCAAACACUUGCACUCCUUGAAGUUAGAGCAAAGCGGUAUGAACAAGCUCGAUAUUUAUUCAGGCAAGCAACCAAGUGCAACCCAAGAAGCUGUGCGAGUUGGCUGGCGUGGGCUCAGCUUGAGGCACAGCAGGAGAAUAACCGUGCAGCCAGGAGGCUUUUUGAGAAAGCCGUCCAGGCUAGUCCUAAGAAUAGGUUUGCAUGGCAUGUAUGGGGAGUUUUUGAAGCUAAUCUAGGCAAUGUUGAAUUAGCAAGGAAGCUACUGAAAGUAGGCCAUGCAGUGAAUCCAAGAGAUCCGGUGCUUCUGCAGUCACUCGCAUUAUUGGAAUACAGAUACUCUACAGCAAAUCUAGCACGAGUGCUUUUCAGGCGGGCAUCUGAACUGGAUCCUAGGCAUCAACCAGUGUGGAUCGCUUGGGGUUGGAUGGAGUGGAAAGAAGGAAACUUAGCCACAGCUAGGGACUUAUACCAAAAGGCACUAUCAAUAGAUUCGACAACUGAAAGCGCUGCACGUUGUCUUCAGGCUUGGGGUGUUUUAGAACAAAGGGUUGGCAACCUAUCAGCAGCUCGCAGAUUAUUUAGAUCUUCACUCAACAUUAAUUCUCAAAGCUAUGUAACGUGGAUGACGUGGGCAUCUCUGGAAGAAGACCAAGGAAAUUCUGUCCGUGCAGAAGAAAUUCGCAACCUCUACUUCCAGCAGCGUACUGAGAUAGUUGAUGAUGCAUCAUGGAUAAUGGGAUUCUUGGACAUUAUUGAUCCAGCCAUCGACAGCAUAAAGAGACUUUUGAACAUAGAGAAAGCCAAGGGCUCUUCGGCUACUGAUGAUCGUGGCGAAAAUGAGCAAUCAGGAGGAUAUUCUAGUGAUCCCGCCAGUGGUAGCACAACUGGGAGUGGUAGUGGUUUCAAUUUAGAUGAAUUCAUACGAGAAAAACUGUCGUUGGACCCUUCAAAACUCGAGGUUCAAUUGGGACCAUCUCGAGUGGCCUAUUCAAAGAGCGCUAAAUCUGCAGCCAACAUGCGGAGAUCAGACAACAAGAAUGUAGCAGCAGCACCAAAGCUGUGACAGGUUCCGAGUUUUUGUUCAUAGCAAAAUUUAAAAACACAAACCAAAGUUGUAAAUUUGUUCUUAUACUGAACUUGUACUGUCAUUUGUAGAGAAAAUUUUCACGUCCUAUUGUAUGAACUGAAAAUGAAGAUA